GGACCGGCACCGGGGCGGGACAUCCCCGCCUCCCUCCAGCGCCUCCCGCCGCCGCCCCGCAGCCCCUCACCCGGGGGAACGCGGAGGGCCGGACCCCGCCCCGCCCCGCCCCCGGCCGUGCCCGGCCGCCGCUCGCCGCCGCCGCGGGGGAAAGGCCGCUGCGCUCCCAACUUCACGCAACUUCCCCGGUGCGGUGGAGCCGGCGCAGCCCCGCGCCCGGUUCUUCCUGCGGGAGCCGCCGGCGGCUUGGCUGGUGAUUUACAUGUGCACAGAGGGACGUGAGUUCUGCUUCUGGGUGGAAUUACUGAUCCAAAAGAUCACGUGGAGGUGAGGUCUGGGCAGUGUGUCUGCAGUGAUUGCCUUUCCUGUUCCUAAUGUGACCUUGGUGACAAAGCUCUUGUCACUAUGAGAAGGGAUUCGGGCCCCAUGGGUUGGUUGCAGCAGCAAAUGCAAAUUAUGAUUCUUUUUCCCCGUUGGAGUUUUUCAGUUCUGUUGAAUGUGUAAUUCCAGCUAUGGCAACAAGAGUAGAAAUAAAUUCUCCUUUGGCGUCUUUGACGGCAGUCCCCGACCUGACUGAGCUCCGGACCGAGGACAAGGCGCAGCGUGUGUACGUCAGCGUGCUUUCGGAUGCGAGCAACAAGGCCAAGGAGGCUUCAACAUCACUGACUCUGGAAGAGAACAAGAAGUUUGGGAGUUCCUUGAGAUCCGCAACGAUGCCAUCGCUGGGAUCGAGGCCGAGACUGUUCCCGAAGCCUUUUUGUAAAGAGAAGCCUCCAGAGGCUUUUGCAAAUGUUAAACCCCCUGUCCCAGCUUUCAGGUCCAGCAGUUGGAUCAAAAAGGCCCCUGAGGAAACAUCAUCUGUGAAGGUGUUGGGUGGAAAUGUUCCUCCGUUAGUAGAUCAGAAAGCGAUCGAAACUGAAAAUCGGGGUGACGGUGAUGUGGUCACAAACAUGACUUUCUACACUGGGCCCAGUGCCAACACGGUCAUUCUGUUUGAACCAGCGGGGCCAGAGCAGGCCAAGGUCAGCCUGGCCCAGGAGAAGAGGGCUCAGGACCGCACAGGAUUUGCUGCUCUGCAGACAAAGGACAUUCAGUGCAGUGUGAAGCUGGAGAAACCAUCUGAGACAUCCAGAAAUCCUGAAGGAUCUAUCCACAGGCAGAUGUCAUUUUCCUCCAGUCUCAGACCAGUCUCUUGGAACUCCCUGAAAACUGGGGAAAAAAAAGAUGCUCAUGAAGUUCAUCCAGGGGAGAAAACCAAGGAUGAUGCAAAUAAUCUCAACAAUAAAGUUGAUUUCUCUAUUGAUGUCCAGCAAAGGGCAAAACACAGACCAGUGUCUGCUAUUUUUCUGGAAUCCUUACGAGAUCAAAAGAAUCACACAGUGGAAGCUUCUGAGGAAAAAUCUCCCACGGAGAAAUCUGGUGUUAGAAAACCAAGGCCUUUGUCCAUGGACCUGACAGCUAAAUUUGAACAUAAAGAUCUUUCUUCUUGCAAGAAGACUUGUUCAUCCCAUGAAAGCAAGGAAAAUGUAUCCAUAAUUACUGUUACUGAUGUGGGUUGUCAUGAUCAGUCUGAAAUGGGGCCAAAAUCUGAAGAAACUGACUUUAAUAAAAGCAGUUCUUCUAAACCAAAUUUGAAAUGCAGUAGUCAGGACAUUGGCAUCUUAAAUAAUGGGAAAUACGUGUGGGAAACAAAACUUAAAUCUAAAAGUGAACAAGUUGAGACAAAACCAGAAAUAACUACUAACUUGCACAGUUCUGAAAGGAACCCUGAAACAACCAGUGAAAGCAGAACUAAUAAGGGGGGGAAAAGGGCAGAUCAGAAGGAAACGUGCAUGUUUCCAGGCUGUGAAAGCCCUGCAGCUUCCUCGGAAAAAGAGAGUAAUAUCUUAAGAGGAAGUGUCAAAAAACACAUUAGUUUGUUUACUUCAGAAAGUCCCAGUCCCGCAGUGGAUACGGAGCUCCUCCCAUCAAGUGCCGAGAAGGAGAACAGGUGUGUGACCAUCCAGCAGAGAAUCAAGGAGCUGACAGCAGAAAACGCUGACGUUAAGGCGGGGAACCUGCGCAGGUCACCACAGUCACGGCCGCUCUCCGCGGACCUCACAAAGAUGUUUUCAAGUCCGACGUCAAGCAGUGAAGCAAAGCCUGAGAAAUCUGCUGAAACCAGAACUGACCCUAUCCAUGAAAUGCAGGAAAAUCCAAAAAGUAAGGAGCUGAAGGUUGCACAGGGCACAGAUUUCACAGAAGCACAUGUUACUGGGAAGCCUUGGAAAUCCCGGCAGAUUUCAAAGAUAACCAGUACACCUGAUCAGCUAGAGAGGAAAGGAAGCUUCCUCGGGGAUCCUCAGCAUUUUUCUCAGCAAAGUGAAAGUUCUGUCUCGUUCACAAGCAGUGUUGAAAAAAAAUUAAACCCAGCGCUUCUGGAAAAGCCCCUCAUUAAAACUGUCCGAGCCACCAUGUUCGAGCACAAUGUGCAGAGACACAGCGUUGCUGUUGAGCUCUCUGGGGCUGACGCUGCACUGAAAAGGAACCAGGAGCCUGAGGCAAAGCAAGACGUGGUGGUUUUGGGGCCCGGCAGACGGUCGUGGAUAGGAGAAGGGGAGGAAACCACCUCUGCAAGGAAGGAGCAUUACAAGCCAUCUGAUUCGUCCAAACACACAGCAGAUGUAGAGAAAAGUGGCAAACCAGCUUGCUCAAGUGAAGAAAAGAAAAUUAUUGUCUUAGAAAAAUCUUUGGUUGAGAAAAGUGAAAAACCCACUGCUAAAAAUGCGGAAGAUUCUCUAAUUUACCAGCGAAUAGAGCCCAGGUAUGAAGUCUUUCAGACAUGUGGGGAAAGGGCUCUUAGUGAAGCCAUCACAAUGGCUCCUGAGAAAAAGGCCAUGACACUCAGAGCUAGAAAAUCAUCUGUGAAAGAGAAUAAAACUGAUGAGGAAGUUGGACACACGGGGCAGUCAGUGAGGGCAAGCAGUCACACUCUCUACUUGAAAGAAGAUACUGUUGUUUCAGAAGCUAGAGAGGUAAAAGUUCUUACAAGUAAGGCUGUGUUGAGAGAACCUAAUGAUUUUCUCUCCAGUGAAUGCACUAUACCUGAACAGAAAAAGGACUCUGAUAAAACAGAACCUGAUUCACUGUUAAUAGUAACCGAGAAAAUACCUUAUUCCACAAACAAAAGUAAAGUUUUGGGAAUUAAUGAGAAAGUAAAUAAGCUACAUUCUGAAAUUAGAAGUGAUAAGAGUGAAGUCUCUUCCUUAGAUAAACCAGAAAAGUCUAAUGUGGUGAAAUGCUCUUCUGAGAAAAGGAGUUUUUGGGCAAGUGGAACAGACACUUAUGAAUUCAGAACCAACCUGGAUCGUGAAGUUAUUUCAACAAGUGUGAGUAAACACGGGGCCCAUUCUUCCUCAGGGCUUUCAGGUGGACAAUUUUUUAAACCUUCCAGUAGCCACCUUCCUGAUGUAAAAGUACAGACCAUAAAUAAAGAGGAAUCCGGGGUCUUUGGGUUAAGGAAAAGUCUGGACUUUAAUUUCAAAGAGCGAGACUUUAGCUUGGCUAGUGCAGCUCCUGAGAACAGUGAAAAACUCAGAGUAACAGAUCCAGAAGAGAAAAUCAGGAGAAGCAGAAGUAGCGUUUCUGACUUGAAGAUUUCUGAAAGGUGGAGGAGGAGGACUUUGCCUCAGGAGUCAGCCAAGGCAGAAGAAGUUGUGUGGCUCACUCCUGAAAAUAUCAAGAGGCUGAGUCGGACAGAUUUGUUGCAGUUGGAUGAGGAUUCACUUAAAAAGAGAAACAAAAAUAUCAAAGAAGGGCUGGAAGGGAGUGAGGCAAACCAGGCUGUUCUUGGCAGUCCUGAUGAUUACUUGAAACAUCAGAGUUCUGUCUUCGAACCAAAGGCAACUUUUUUUGCAGUGACUUAUCAGAUUCCUGGUAUCAAAAAAGAAAAAAGCUUUGUUGGUGCUCCCAGUGCAAGUGAAAUUAAUACGGUUUCCAGUUCAAGUGGGGGAGCAGCAAUUAAUGUGGACCCUGUUUUUCCUGGAAGGUCCAAACCUGUAUUGCAGCAACCAAACAAAAAUGUGAUGAGUGCAACUUGCAGAGAGGACUCCCGGGAUAUUAACAAGGAUUGGGUCAAAGAAGACAACAAAGAUGCCGUUUUAUCCAAAAACGUUGCGUUUGGUAAUUUUCAUGUGUCUAGGAAGGAUAACCAACAGCAUCAUGAAAAAGGUCUGGAUCAUUCUAAAGAGAAAAUUAUAGAUGUUGAUGCUUUCCUGUUAAAACAGGACCUGGAAAAUACAGUUCAAAUUGAUCUCAAAAGUAGCAGAAGGAAAGUCUCCUCCUCUUAUGAACCCCGGUCCCCACCAUGUUCAGCGCAGGGACGUAAAGACAGUGAACCAGGCCCCCAGAAAAGGAGUGAAAAUAAUCCUGAUUUACCUGUCAGGAGGGCUGAGGAUAGUUACAGAUCCCAAAUUCUAGAUAUUGAUGCGCUUAUGGCAGAAUAUAAAGAAGAGUCAGCCAAGGCCAGUAAGGUUCAGGAUAAGCUCUCUGAAGAUCUCAGCUCAUUGAGUAGGGAGAAAUCAAAGAACAAAAGAAAUGUGUCGGAUAGGACGAGUCUUUCCUACAGCUGGAACGAGUGGAAGAGUAGAUCAGAUCACUCUUCUGUUAAUAACAAACCAAGUGAGUGUGCAGAAGAGCAGCACAGGCCAGAGAAACUAACUGUAAAUGAAAAGAGCAAAGAGAAACUGGAAUUACGCAGCCCUGAAUUUGAUAAGCCGAAGUCCAAAGACAGAAAGUUCAGCCCUCCUUACUGGGGAAGCCCCAGCAUCUUCUUCUCAGAGAAGUUUGUAAAUUCACCUGUGGAGUUCAGUAGGAAGAAAACUUUCAUUGUUGAUGAGGACGAGGAAGCAAAUUUAACCUCCAGGAAUCAGAGUCCAAAAUUCGUAAUCGAGAAGGUACAGCCUGUAAAUGUAGUGGGAACCGACCAGAGGCUGGAAGCCAAUUUUGCUUCCAGGUUGUCCAUAAAGGCAGAUGAUGGGCUCUUACAGAAGAGGUUGGUGACUAAAGAACAGUUUCUGGAGGUGUCUCCAGAGGGUGAUUGGAGCAAAAACGUAGUGAGGAGCUCCACAGUGAGGAACAAAGACAACGCAAAUAAGGCGACAUGUGAGAGCGACUCUUCUGGUGUGAAAAUUAAAACUGAUUGGAGGAACUACACGUCUGGUUUUGGAACGGCACCCCCAGAUUUGAGGCGGUCCUACUCGGAAAAAUGCCGCCAAGGAAGAGACAGUCUGCCACUUGUGCAAGAAGUGAGGGGAAGGAAGGACCUACACCAGUCCAGGCAGAGCUUCCCCCUGGAAAGUGUGGAUCAUGGGUGGAAACCCAAGAUGUCAGCUCAGUCAGAACUGUUCUUCCAUGAAGAUAAAAAGGCUUCUAGGAAAGAGUGGACUAAGCAGACUUCAGACAAAACAGAUGGAACAGACUUUUCCUCGGUAUCUGCUCAGAGGAGCCGCCACAGUUUCUAUAAGGAGAGAAGAGUGGAUUUUUGGGCGGACCAGCUGAGGCAGUGCUUCUCCAGGCAGGCACCGGGAGCGAAGGACACAGACACACUGGUGCAGGAGCCCGACAGCCAGUACGGCACCUGGAACGAGCAGCGGCACAGCGGGGACAGCUUUGUGCCCGAAUCCCCUUCCCUGGAAAAUGAUGUCGUCUCGACGCGGAAGCAGCCCCCGAACAGCCGCCCGUCCUCGCUGUCCUCGCAGACAGAACAGCCCUCCCUGGCUGAGCACCAUGACUUCAACAAAGACCAAAGGAGCACUAGCCUGGACCGUUCCAGCACUGACAUGGACUCCACUGAUGGGACUGAUUUACCUCCUCCAGGAGACACGUUCCCUGAUGACAAGACCACUGAUUUCUCCUUCAUUGAUCACACGGCUGUCCUGGACUCCAGUGCCCUCAAAACCCGGGUGCAGCUCAGCAAGAAGCGGCGCCGCCGGAACCCCACGUCCCACUCGCUGAGGAGGAGCAGAGGACUGGAGUUUGAGAACAGAUUUUCCUUGGUGGAAGAACCAGAUAAUGCCUGGAUGUUCAAGGAUUCCACAGAGGAGAAGAAAACUAUGCAACAGGAAGAUUCUGAGGAGGAAGAGAAGAUCCAGCAUACUCCAAGGUCAUCUGUGGUACAAGCCCAGAGACUCCCCGUGUUCCCAGGAAUGGAUCACUCUGUUCUCAAGGCCCAGCUCCGGAAAAGACAAGAGUCUGAGAGCGCUGGGGACACUGGUUCUGCUCAGCUCUUCAAAUCCCCCAAAGCCCAGCUAGGGACUCCCGGGAGCAGAGUGCUGCCCUCCAGUGUGGAGAAGGAGGACAGGUCAGAAGAAAAGUCUCCUCAGUGGCUGAAGGAGCUGAAAUCAAAGAAGAGACAGAGCCAUUAUGAGAAUCAGGUUUGAAAAGACAGUGAUUCUAACUAGAAGAAGAUAAAGAAGUUUAACAGAAGCCUUAACUCAUCUGAACCUAAACCCCCAUGUCAUGUUGCUGCUGUUUGCUUCCUGCCUCAACUGCUCUGUGCAUGGUGCCUUCCUGUUUUGUGGAGAAAGCUGCUUCAAUUCAUAGUCAAAUACAAAGCUGUGUCUGUCAGGUCGGGGGGAUGGUGUCACUUCAGGCCUGCCUGCCAGGAGAACCCAUGGUUCAUGGUUAGCACUUCACAAAGUCUUGGAAAAUGGAGAUAUUUGGAAGUGCUGUGAUGCAGGGAACUCCCCUCGCUGUCGAACUGUGUAGGUGUUCAGCGCUCAGAGCUGUGACCUCUGGUAGAUGUGUCUGGGCUGGGCUUUGUGUUUGUUUAUGAAAAUAACAAUUUUAAUCAAAUUUAUCUUUUUUUUUUUUUUUUUUUU